CUCUCAAUUGGACUAGAAUAAGAGUUUCGCUGGAAUGGUAGGAGAAAUGAGUUGAUUGGGUUAUUAGUACCAAUAGAAAAGGAACACCAAAAGUAGAAAUGUUCCGUGUUACUUCUUCUUACAUGACUCUUUCGAGAAGCUAUUAAUCAGUGAUUGUAAAGUUAAAAAGAGAUCCUUUUGGCUUCCAUUUGUAUUCGAGAACCGGCACUUACAUUAUAACCGUCAGACAGUUAAUGUCUUUUAUAACUUCAAUUCUUCUUCUUCAGUCUAUCAAUUCUUUUUUAUUUUGUCUUUAAGUGUAUCAUUGUUUUAUAAUAUUUCAAAAUGUUACAGGGAAUGGUUGCACUUGUAACUGGAGGUGCAUCUGGUUUGGGGCUAGGAACUGUUCAAAGAUUUGUCAAACAGGGUGCUAAAGUUGUCAUUGCAGAUUUACCUAGUUCCAAGGGAAAAGAGGUUGCUGAUGAAUUAGGAAGCUCAGCUAUAUUUGCACCAACAGAUGUGACAUCGGAACAGGACGUACAUGCAGCUUUAAAUGCAACAAAGCGACACUUUAACAAAUUGGAUGUUCUAGUGAAUGCAGCAGGAAUAGGUUUUGCUAGUAGAGUAUUUAAUUUUAAUCGGGGUGUCCCGCACACCUUUGACGAUUUUUCUAAAGUAUUUAAAGUAAAUGCGGGCGGAACAUUCAAUUGUGUUAGAUUAGCUGUAGAACUUAUGUACAAGAACGAGCCAAACGAGGACGGACAACGUGGAGUAGUAAUUAACACAGCAAGCGUUGCAGCUUUUGACGGACAAAUCGGUCAAGCAGCGUAUUCUGCCAGCAAGGGUGCAAUAACCUCUAUGACUUUGCCAUUAGCUCGUGAUUUAGUUAAAGCUGGCAUUCGUGUUGUCACGAUAGCGCCUGGAAUAAUGGACACACCUUUAUUCAAGGCACUACCGCCUAAAGCGGUCUUAUUGUUGCAACAAUCGGUACCAUUCCCUUCUAGACUCGGUAAGCCCGACGAAUUCGCUCAGCUUGCACAACAUAUUGUUGAAAAUUCUUAUCUGAACGGAGAAGUUAUCAGAUUAGAUGGUGCACUCAGGAUGCAGGCUUAAGAAUUUAUGCGACCAUACGUGAUUAUCAUACGUGAUUAUCUAAAUAUAAGAUUGGAUCAAGAAUUUACAGUUAUAUUAAAACUGAAAACUUGUAACAUAGGACAACAAAGAUAUACAAGUGUAUGAAUAAAGAUGAAUAAAAAUAAAUAAUUUUUUUGCUACAUGUAA